AUGUGUACUGACAGUGGAAAUCUAAUGGCUAUUGCUCAGCAAGUUAUUCAGCAGAAGCAGCAACAAGAACAGCAGCAACAGCAUCACCACCACCAUGACCACCCUUUUUGUCUUAGCACAACCACUACCUCAGCCACCACGUCUAUGAGCUAUGGCCUUAUUGGACCUGGUGCCUUCACGGACCCUUUUCAGCUCCAGGGCGCUGGACCAGAACCUAUUGAACCUGGGUUUCAGUUCCCCACCCUGGAACACCAUUCAACUGGAUUUCGAUACUCGGAUUUCUGUGGUGAGUUUGAUUCUGACGAGUGGAUGGAGAGCUUGAUGGGUGGCGGAGAUUCCACGGGUAGCUCUAAUAUCCAAUCAAAUUGUGAACCUUGGCAGACUCUCUAUUCUGCUGCUGAUGCCUUCACCAAUUGCCCACCGAGUCGACUCAUCGUUAACUCCAAUCUCAACCGAGUUAUCCUUUCUGAGCCACCGCAUAACACCACGUGGGUCUCUGUCUCCUCAGCAAACCCACCUCCAACUCUUUCCCCCGUUGCCGACUCUAGGCUAGCACCGAAAAAUGAUGCUUCAGUUGCCGACAACACUACCGGAGCAUCUGCGAGUUCGCCGGAUACUUCAUUCUCAACCAAACCAAUUUUAAAAGCCUUAGUAGACUCUGCUCGUCUCUUGGAGUCAGACCCAGAAAAAGCAGCGAAAUCACUGAUUCAACUCAAAGGUUCGAUCUCCCAGCACGGCGAUCCGAUAGAGCGAGUGUCGUACUAUUUCUCUGAAGCUCUUUGCUGUAAAAUCUCAAAUCAGGCGGAAAAGAUUCCGACGAUAUAUGAUACAACAUCAGAGGAGUAUAUUUUAUCAUACAAAGUACUCAACGACGCCUGUCCUUACUCCAAAUUUGCUCAUUUAACAGCAAACCAAGCAAUUCUUGAAGCCACCGAGAGCGCCAAAAAAAUCCACAUAGUUGAUUUUGGGAUUAUUCAGGGUGUCCAAUGGGCGGCACUUUUGCAGGCUUUGGCCACCAGAUCCGCCGGAAAACCUGAAAUGAUUCGGAUUUCAGGUAUUCCGGCGCAGGCUCUGGGAGAUUCUUCUGCAGCGGCGCUUUUGGCUACUGGGAAUCGGUUACGUGACUUUGCUAAGCUGCUGGAUUUGAAUCUUGAGUUCGAACCCAUUUUGAUACCGGUGCAAGAGCUUAACGGGUCGAGUAUCCGGACCGAUCCGGAUGAGGUCCUUGCUGUGAAUUUCAUGCUCCAAUUAUAUGGUCUGCUUGAUGAGGGUAAUGAAUGUGUUGAAGCAGCUUUAAAGCUUGCAAAAUCACUGAAUCCGAAAGUGGUUACACUGGGUGAGUACGAAGUAAGCUUGAAUCGUGUUGGGUUUCUGCACCGUUUCAAGAAUGCCCUCAAAUACUAUACUGCAGUUUUCGAAUCACUUGACACGAACAUGUCCAGGGAUUCGCCCGAGAGGUUGCAAGUAGAAAGACUAUUAUUCGGCCGCAGAAUAGCUGGCUUAGUCGGGCCAGAAGAACCGAGAACCAGACGAGAACGAAUGGAGGAUAAAGAUAGCUGGAGAUUCUUAAUGGAAAACGCCGGUUUUCAGCCAUUGAAGCUGAGCCAUUAUGCAACGAGUCAAGCUAAGAUACUUCUAUGGAACUACAAUUACAGCACAAUGUACAAGUUGGUUGAUUCUUCUCCUGGAUUUCUCUCUUUGGCUUGGAAUCAUGUUUCUCUCCUCACUAUUUCUUCAUGGCAUUGA